AUGCCCUCCUCCCGCUCCCAUCACUCGCAUGUCUCUCCCACCCCUCCUCCCAAGCCCCAGCGUUCCCCAACAGUUACACCUCAUCAAUUCUCUCUAGAGGAAGCAGUAAACUCCAGAGAUCAACGCCCAGCAUUGGAACGUAUGGCUUUAACCUUUCGUAGGGACCAUUCCCCGGUAACUAGAGAAGGCACUUCCGACUCGGGUAGACUUCAAGAUGUUGCCAUCCAAUAUUUGGAAGAAACCAUUAGCGCUCAAUCAGUAGGCAUGCGAAUACCCUCGAGUUCCAGAAUUCUCUUGAAUGGGGUGACGGCAAUAAGGAAUCUCUCACCAAUCAGAACCCUCAAUGAAGACAAACUCCAUGUCUCCCUCAGAUUGGGCCCCUUAACAUACGCUGGCUCCUCCUCCGUACGAUCCAGGUCGCGCACCAAAAUCCACCUCUUGCAAGAUGGUGGAGAGGAAAAAGAACUCAGCAGCAACCUCGAAAAAGCGAGGCAACAGGAGUCCUCUACAGGGAGUUAG